AGUAUCACCGCAUGCCGCGAUUAUCCGAGGCAGACGAUUAUGACCAAUGUAUGGAAGAAGCCCCUUCGGGUCAAAUCGCCGCCUACUGCGUGGCACGGGUUGUUCUCAGACCGGACAACAGCUCCGAGCUGUGGAACUUGAUUGAGAAUUUCUCCAAAAAUUGGAAAAGGCACUACAAUCAUGCCCUGCUGGAUCGGGCUGUGUGCAUGGAAGACUGCAAGCGUUUGGUCCGAAGGCUGCCCAAUGCAACCAGGAAGGCACUACGGGUGGAGAAAUUUGCGAUUGACUUUCCGUACAUUUUCGACCCAACAGUCUACCAGGACGCGGAAAAGGAUCGCGAUCGAUACGGAGAACUUUUAGAUAUUUGCGUCAACUACAAACUAAACGAGUCGUAUCGGUUGAGAGCAUACACAGAAAUUGAAGUUUGUAACAAGAAUGUGGAGCCCUUCGAUGUAGAUAUUCUGGACUUCUCUUUUCUACUUGUACUAGCCACGAUCAUUUUCCUUACGAUCUUAUCCAGUUGGUACGACAAGACUGUUAACUAUAAACAGGAUGUGGUGCACUAUAAGCAAGAGCUUGAUAGCCCAAGAAAAAUGCUGUUCGUUUCAUUUUCGAUCCUUCGAAAUUGGUACCGACUGACGUCUCGUUCUCACAAUGUCCUGGACAAAGAUUUGAGGUUCUUUCAGGCAAUUCGCUACCUUACCAUGAUGCUGGUUAUCCUCGGACACGCUGCGCUGAUCUACAGUAUCGCACCGUCGCAAAACACGAUCAAGAUUGAAAUGAUGUUCCACCAACUUGGCACGAUGAUUCUCACCGGCGGACCGCAGAUCGUGCAGACCUUCUUCGCCAUGAGUGGCUUCCUGCUGGCCGUCCAAAUGAUCAAGUACGCGGAGAAUAGCUCGCGAUCGCCCGGAAUCCUGUUUCUCUUGAAGGCCAUCGUCUAUCGAUACAUUCGGUUGACUCCGGUCUACGCGUUUGUCGUUCUCCUUCACGCCACGUGGCUUCCCAAACUCCAAGAUGGUCCCGUCUGGAAACUGGCGACUGAUACCGAGCGAGCUUUUUGCCGAAGAAACUGGUGGACCAAUCUGCUUUACGUUAACAAUUACGUUCAUGGAGAUCAGCCAUGCGUUCAACAAGGAUGGUAUCUGGGAUGUGAUUUUCAACUGUUCAUCUUAGGGACCCUACUGCUCAUGGUGAUCUUAAAAUUGCGGAAGUUUUCUUCAUCGAUCCUAGUGAUGGCAGCUCUCGCCGCAUAUCUCGUUCCAGCUUAUUUCAUCUAUUACGAGAAAUUAGAAGGCAUAUUCCUCAUAACACUUCAAGGUCAACGUUUCACGUUGUGGUUCGACGAGUUCUACCAGCGAGCGUACAUCCCCUUGCACGUGAACCUCGGAAACUACCUAGCGGGAAUCAUCGCCGGGAUGAUCUAUCUACGUCUUAGGCAGACAAAUACCGAUCCGGUCCAAAAACGCUGGUUCCACAUCCUGUGGUACUUUGUCUUCCCGGCGGUUUUGGGCACCCUGCUCAUCAACUACAUCUUCUACGAGUACGACUUCGCCAAACCGUCCCUGUGGAUGGCGGCGUUCUAUCCCAUAGCUAAGUACUCGUGGGGAGUCUACGCCGGUGUCUUCAUGAUGGGUCAAAUCUAUGGAAUAUCGCCGAUCCUGAAGCGGAUUUUCAACCAUCGGGUGUUUGAACCACUAGGACGGAUGACCUACUCGGCCUACCUGGGACACGUGUUCGUCAUGAGGUUGACCGUAUUCAAUUUACGGACGCCGAUUCACUUCAACUACAUCGGAACGUUCUCUUUGAUUUUUGCAUCGGCUAUGUUCUCCUACCUGAUGGCGCUAGUUUUAUGUUUGCUCAUAGAGUUUCCGGUUUCCGCUCUACAGAAGCUCGCUUUUGGCGGUAUGAGAGGUAACUCCAAACAAGCAAACGAUUUGGAAAAAGCCGAUGAGAUUACAAAGAACGGAUCAACUGCUGCCGAUAGUACGACCAACAAUGGUGUUAAUAGUUAAAUGACAUGUAUGGAUAAUUACUGUGACAUGAAUUCAAUAAAAGCGAUAUAUAAUUGAUGCAGUAUCAUCAUUGAGGAUUAUGAUGCAUAAUACAUGCGCAUGCACAAAGCGAUUGUGGAUAA